GCGGGUGGUACGCUUUCCAAGAUGGCUGGUGUAGGUCCUAUCGUUAGGUGGAGGAAAGUUUCAGCGGCCACUGGGAAUGUCCCUCGAUCAAGACACGGACACAAAGCUGUGGCUAUUAAGGACUUGAUCGUGGUUUUUGGUGGUGGGAAUGAGGGAAUAGUAGACGAACUUCACGUGUUUAAUACGACAACUUGCCAAUGGUUUCUACCCGCUGUACACGGAGAUAUUCCGCCAGGAUGUGCAGCCUUCGGGAUGCUGGCAGAAAACACUCGUGUUCUCAUGUUUGGUGGCAUGCUUGAAUACGGCAAAUAUUCAGGUGACUUAUACGAACUACAAGCCUCUCGUUGGGAGUGGAAACGUCUAAAGCCUAAGCCUGCUAGAAAUGGCCCCUGUCCAUGCCCAAGGAUCGGGCAUAGUUUUACUCUUGUUGGUCAACGAGCAUUUCUAUUUGGUGGGAUAACAAAUGAUAGUGAUGACCCUAAAAACAAUAUACCAAGAUACUUAAACGAUCUGUACACUCUGGAAUUAAAACCUAAUUCAAGUACUAUGUGUUGGGAUAUCCCAAACACAUAUGGUCAGCCGCCUACACCUAGAGAAUCUCACAGUGCAGUAGCUUAUCAGGUCCUUGAUGGAAUGGUAAAGAAAUGGCGUCUUUUGGUAUAUGGUGGCAUGUCCGGUAAUCGACUUGGGGAUCUUUGGCAAUUAGAAAUUGAUACUAUGACAUGGAUCAAACCUAUCGUUAGUGGAGAUCUGCCGGCUCCACGCAGUCUUCAUAGUGCAACUGUAAUCGGAAACCGAAUGUUUGUCUUCGGUGGAUGGGUUCCUUUGGUCAUGGAAGAAAUUAAAAUGACAGCUCAAGAAAAAGAAUGGAAGUGUACAAAUACUUUGGCUAGUCUCAAUCUUGACACAAUGGCUUGGGAACCAUUGACAAUGGAAGUCGCUGACGAAUGUCUUCUACCUCGAGCCCGCGCUGGACAUUGUGCUGUAGCUGUUCACAGUCGUUUGUACGUUUGGUCUGGUCGUGAUGGAUAUAGAAAAGCAUGGAAUAAUCAGGUUUGCUUCAAAGACUUAUGGUUUUUGGAAACUGAUCGCCCUGCUGCUCCGACAAGAGUUCAAUUAGUUCGUGCUGGCACUCAAAGCCUCGAAGUAACUUGGGGUUCGGUGCCUACUGCAGAUGCUUAUAUUUUGCAGAUUCAAAAGUAUGAUGUUUCUCCUUCCACAACUUCAACACAUUCCCUGACAUCUUCACCAGUAGAUACAAGUGGAAUUGUUAAAGCUCCAUUAACUGCAUCUGCUGGUUCUCUGAACUUCUCAAGAGCUGGUGCUAUUUCACAGGCCCUCAUUACCACACCGGCUACUGCUAAUUCGGUUCCAAUACCAACCCCUAUCAGAUUGCCUACUACUACUGCCGCUGUUGGUUCAAUGAUACCAAACUCAUGCGUCACUAUGGCUGGGCAGAGAGGACCGACUGUAGUUACACCGACAGGUUUAAAGAUCACACCUGUGCCAGGCAGUGCUGUUACAGGACGGACGGCAACUAUCGCAACUGUAGCACAACAUUCUAGUGGAGUUAAUCCAUGUGGUCCGACAAUCAUCCGAAGUUCAUGUCCUCCAAUCGCUCCAAAGCAACAUCUUAUUACUGUUGGUGGCAAGCAAGUGGUUUCCGCAGUUUCUGUCGCAAAUAACUCUGGUGUAGUUAAUUCGAAUCCAAAUCAAGUAGUACACAUUGUAAACAAGUCAACCGGUUUAAUUAAACCUAUUAAACUAGUUUCAACUACAACUUCAUCUUCAACUGCUUCUAAAACCAUCACUGUACAACAAGCAUCAGUUGGAACUGGCGUUUCAGUUCCGAAAGUAAUCAAAGCUAUUCCAGCAACGAUGCUUCAAAUGUCUGCAUCUGGUAAACCUAUUUUAAUUGCUGGUGGUGGUGUAUGCCGUCCGGGCCAGACAACCGUUCAAGUUUCAGGUCCUGUACACAGACCAACUGGACAGCAAAUAGUUAUCAUGAGUCCAACAAUAUCCUCAUCAGCUGCCAUUCCUGCAUCAUCAAAUUUGUACUUAUCUUCUGGAGGUGCUACUAGCCAAAUAAUACGACAAGCAAAUCAAACACAGGUAACCUUAGUCCGACGGGAUCCAUAUGAUUCAACUCAUGGUAAUGCAAAUGAUCCAAGUAAUAAUACAUCGUCGAUUCUCCAAACUAUUCCACAAUUGGAUGGUACUAUUGAUGAUGACGAUGAUGUUGGUGAGGACGGUGGUAGUACUAAAAACGAUGCUUCAUCAGCUAUCAUUUUGGAGUCUAAUUUAGUCAAAGAAAAGUUACAUAUGAAAGGAAAUGUGGAUAUUCUACAAACUGGAAGUCAACAUUCGCCAGCUUAUACAACAGAUGCAAAUUCCGAUUUACAUACGUCAUUAGCCGUUGAAGCUGCUGCUGAACUGCUUGCAGACAUUGGUGAAGACAAUACAUCGGCUUAUGCAGACCAAAAUUCAGCAAGCGUUUCAAAAGAAACUGAUCAGGCAGUCAGAAGUUUGAUUGAUACCAAGCCUAAUGUAUUAUCCGAAAAUGUUUCUUUUAGUACUGAAAAUGAAAAAAGUUUCAGAGGAGAUUCAGGGUCUUAUGAAGAUCCAGUACAUGCUAAAGAUGAGAAAGAAGGAAAUGGUAGUUCUCUUACUGAUCCUUUGGAAACAUUAGCGUUAGUUGCUGCUCGCCGAAGUGGAAGUGGUGAUGAUCACGAAAAUGAUUCAGUCAUCUCACAUUCUACAGUUUAUUCCAAUUCUGAUUCACAUGUUAUUUGUAAUUCAAAUUCUGGUCGGUUAGUUGCUGUUUCUGUCCCUUAUUCACGCCUGUCACCAUUAUCUUCCACUUUAGGAGGGGGACAAAUUUCUCGUUCUGUGACAGGUUUGGUCGCGAAUUCUCAUUCAAUCGUAACAACAUCUACCAAUUGUUCUUUAAUAAAUUCUUCGACUACUGUAACACCUGGUACAUUGAUUAGUCGAGGUGAUAAUUCUUGGCAUGACGUUGGCGUUAUCAAGUCGACGAAUUAUACUGUAACAAUGUAUUCAGCGUGUACAAAUGAUGCUGGUGUACAUAUGGAAGCUAUCAGUGCAUUACAAGGUCCCAAUGGGAUUGGAUCCAAUGGGCUAACUACACAGGGUCCUAAAUUCCAACUCGCUCCUGGAACAGCCUACAAAUUCCGUGUCGCAGGCCUCAAUGCUUGUGGUCGAGGUCCCUGGUCAGAGAUAAGCGCAUUCAAAACCUGUUUACCAGGUUAUCCAGGGGCUCCCAGUGCUAUAAAAAUAACUAAAUCGGACAGUGGUGCACAUUUAACUUGGGAAGCGCCUCAGAAUACAGCGGGGAAGAUCACAGAGUAUUCUGUCUAUUUAGCUGUCAAAUCUCAGACUGCAGGACAAGAUUCUGCAGAGAGCAAGGUCAGUUAUUUCAUUGGUGAAGAACAUAUAUUAAGUAUUGUGAAAAUUUACCUGUAAAUCGCUGUUUUCUUCUAUACAUCAGUAACACUGAGUCCAUUAACUUUGCUAUCGUAAUGGUCACAUGAUCAAUAACCUACGUGAAUACUUAAGGUCAUUUUCAGAAUACCAGAAAACUGAGUAAGUAGUUACACUACAGAUGCCUCAGUUCAUACAUAAGUAGGGGAAUUUUGGAGAAUAGAUUGAGUAACGGAAUUAUAAUCGAUUGAUGUUUAUUUAUGAACAGUCACUACUUUGUUUACAGUUAGGACUACCGUAAGAUAUCUAUUUAAUAAAAAUACUCAUGAAAUCUAUCCUCAUUAAUUCAUUAAAGAAAAUCUCCCCAUAUUUUUUCCUGUAAAAUGAUCAAGUGAUUAAAAUUUUUAAAUUGGAAUCAGAAUGAUUAAUGUGGGUGUGUUGAUCGUGUUCCUUAAACUUCACAAUAUCAUAAGAGUUUGAUAAAGAAUAACAAUCCAUGUAGUAGUUUUGUAACCAACUACUUGCUUCUCGUAAAAGUAUCUUCGCAGAUGAGAAGUAUUCUAAAAUUCGAAAAAGUCUGUGUGUUAUGAUUUCUCUUAAUACGACCCAGCUACCAUUAGUGCCUAGUAUGCUUAAACACUACCUCGUCUUCCCAUCAUCAGUUUGUGUUGGUUUUACAGUUUUCUUUCCAUAACAUCUGUAGAGGUUGAUUCCUCUUUAUUUGACUCUAAUAAGUGAUAUUCCGUUAACUGAGUAUUUAAGUAGACUAAUUCUCCGUGUGGCACAAUGAAUUUACUCGAGAAUAUCCAAAAGCCAGAACAACAGUUGUUGGGAUAGUAUUUUUUCUUAAAAAUUAGUAAAGUCUUGCGCAGGUAAAUGAGACGAUAUGUUAAAAAAUCCAUAUUUUUUAUGAAUGUUAAUCGAUUGUGGGUAAGUUAUUGAUUGCCUAUGUAAGCAACCAAUGAAAGGAUAGAUAAAGAUUGAUGUACAGAUACUCGUUCAAUCGAACUCACACAUAGUGGGUCAAAUGUUACAGUAAGUCGACAAAUAGUGAAAAAUUUUUCAAUGGGCUUACCGUACAUCUACCAUGCAGAAUAUUCGUGUUAUUAGUUAAAAGAAAAAUCAAAUUAAGUUAGAUCACUAUCAUGUUCAUCAUAUGAACAUUGUUUGAACAUUGAUUGGUCAUUUUUUAAUAUCAGAUUGAUAUUAAUCCCUAUACCGUGAAGUUUAUAUCAAUAAGAAGUAACAAAAAUUGAUCAAAAUUAGCAUAAUUAAGAAAAACUAUGUGAGGUAAGGUAAAGUGAACUGGAGGGUUAACUUUAAGGCUUGUCUAAAUUUCUACCGAUUGUAAUUUUUUUGACUGGAGUCGUAUUUAUAGUUGAAUGCUUGAGAAAUCUCACACCAACAGAUUUAUUGUGAUGAGGUAAAUCCAUUCCAUGUCGUGUGCUUUAAUUCUUCAAAAUACGUACUGACUUGUAUAGGUGCACAAAAUGUUUUACAACUGUACUUAUUUGCAUAACAUAUAUAGGGAUAUUGGUUCGCUAGCCUGAUCUGUAGCGUUCGCUUAGUUUUCUUAUCAUAUUCACAGUGUGAUUGAUUGUGAUUCCCUUACCUCCCUACUAAUUGUUUCUUUCUCCCUCUCCCCAUAGGUCGGUUCUACACCAUCUGGCAUGGCAUUUGUUCGUGUAUAUUGUGGUCAAUCACCUUCAGCAACUGUUACUUCUGCAACAUUGGCUACUGCUCAUUUAGAUCUUAGUUCAAAACCUGCUGUGAUCUUUCGGAUUGCUGCUCGGAAUGAAAAAGGAUAUGGACCGGCAACACAAGUUCGUUGGCUUCAGGAUGUAUCUAAUACACCUUCCUCUGUUGCUGGGAUAAACCCUCAAUCCAUCAAUUUCCAAGCAACAAAUGCCUCACAACCGAUUACUAAGCGUACUCUAAGUUUAGGGUCAUCACAAGAAGGAGCUUUUACAACACCAGUCAAGCGAUUAAAAUCAGAUGAUCAAUUAUAGCUGCGUUUGUUGUUCAUCAACAUGAUUUUCUUCAAGAUCAACUGCACAUUCCUUCUUUUUUCAUCUCUUGGAAUUGGUGUGCAAGUAUGGUUGUUGUUGUUUUUUUAGUUACUACUAUACAAAAUCUAUCCCACUGCCGUUUUUGUUUGCAUUUCUAAGAUUGUUUACUUUCUAUUGUUUCGUAUUUGUUAUUCCGAAGCACUAAACACUCCACAGUAUAGUGUUUCAACUACUAAUGAUAAAUUAUUUUUUCAUCAAUUUAUUCAAGCAUUAAAAACUGUUGUUGCUGCUGAAAAAGGAGAAGGUACAUGUACAUAUACAAAUCUAUCUAUCUAUUUAUUUUACUUUAAAACAUUGAUUUGCUUAUUUUUGUGGAUUCAUGUUUUUUUUUUGUUUUCCAUCGACCACCCCUUAUCUCCCUCCGUCCGACAUUUUGUACAAUUGUUUAUUUAUUUCCUCUUAAUUAUUCUAUGUGUAUACUUAUUCAAUUGCAUGGUUUUUCUAUUUAUUUAUUCAUUCAACUAGUUUGGGUUACCGUUUAAUACAUAGUCAUUUUCAUUAUUGUCCCAUAUGUGCAUAAACACAAGAAUUGUAACUCAAAUAUAUAUAUACAUACGGACAUAGCUUAUUACUCAUUACUGUUGGUUUCAAAAAAGUUUGUAUACGUUUAUGUUUAGUUUCAUAUUGUGUACAGUUUUGAUUGAUUGUGUUUGUUUAUUUGGUUAUGUCUUUUGUUCAGUUAACGAUAAAAAACAGUUUAUCUUAUUUGUACAGAUUAAGUAUUCAAUGAAUGUCAUUAUCUUCUUCUUC